ACAGGUGGCUCAGGAGGAGGAGCCCGCUUGUUGUCCUUUCGGGUUGAAAAGAAGAGGGAAGCCUCGGCGGAUAGAAGCGAGAAGAAAGGAUAAGAGCGCUGAGCCCUAUCUUUUCUUCGAUCUCAAUCCCAGGAGCUUUACCUUUUCGCUGCGCCCUCAUCUGCAGGGUUCGCAAACGCUUUGUGGAUCGUUCUCGGUGCCAGUGUCUUCGACGCGGCCGUGCUGUAUCCCGAGCGUCCUCAUCUCCCUCUCCUUCCGAGGCCGAGUCUGCUGCCUGUCGUCUUUUCCAUCCGCGCUGAUGGUGUCGCAGCAAUAGGCGGAACUUUUUUGCGUGAAAACCCCGCCCUUCCAGGGGGGGAUGGGAAGAAGGGUCUUGCGGCUGCUGAUUCCCGUCACGGUUGUGCGUACUUUGUAGAGAACGAAAGAGCAGGCUCAGGACAGACGUGUCACGAGUCCGAGGAUCUGUAUUCUGAGGUGAGGCUCGACAGGCUUCGCACCAUCAGUCCUUCCCUUGGAGACGCUCCGACCCUCUCGUCCCUUCCUUCCCUCUGCACGUUGGGCCCCUCUUACUCCUCGUCCACGCUCCACUCCUCUGCCACCUACUCCUUCGACCCCUCAAGCUUGCCGUCCUCCGCAUCGGUCGCGUGGUCUUGCAGGGGGCGGAAGUCUGCCAUGGACAAAGGUCCGGAAGAACGGAGCAGGUUGUUGGUCCGUACCUUGGGAUGCGUGCUUCAAAAGCUGUUGGAUGUGAACAAGAGGGGAGAGACUGCUGAGGGUGACGGGAACUCGCCCACCAUCACCAAAUUCCACGCGUCGCGCCCCCCGAGUAUCAGUGUCGCUGAGUACUUGGAACGGAUCAACAAGUACGCGUCGUGCUCCUCCGAGUGUCUGGUGCUGGCGCUCAUUUACAUCGACCGGUUGAUCCAGCAGAGCAACUUUGCCUUGACCGCGUUGAACGUGCACCGGGUCUUGAUCACCGCGGUCAUGCUCGCGGCCAAGUUUUUCGACGACCAGUACUUCAACAACCUGUACUACGCCAAGGUCGGGGGCGUGCCCUGCAAGGAGAUCAACGCGCUGGAGGUCGAGUUUUUGUUUUUGACGAACUUCUCCCUCCACGUCACCGAAGACGUCUUCUUCCGGUACUUCCACGAACUUAUGAACCAUGCCGCGCAUGCCGCCUGCCCGUCUUGUUGCCCCCGCUUCGCCAGCAGCGGGAGCAAAAUGAAUCUGGGCAGUGGGAGCAUGGCCGGUGUGACGGGGACGACGGGCGGUGGGGUAGGAGGAGUCGGGCGGGUUCCGAGCCCGGUCUUUGUGGACGGAGGUUGGCUGGUCAAUCGCGGUAUGGGUGGCGGACGCUCUGUGUCGCCUGGCAUGGUGGUAACCCCUCCGCUUUCCCAUCGGCAGCACCUGCAGCAACAGCAGCUUGUGCAUGAGCAGCAACAGGAACGGCGUCUGGUUUUGUCGGGGGGCAAGGCGGGCAUGGCAGGAGAGGCUCAGCAGCCGAUGUCGGUAGACCAGCGACAGCGACAUUUUACGUCCUACUUUUCGUUCGAGAACGGUCCCGUGCCUGGGGCGUAUCCGGGCUCCGCAGCCUCCCUGGCCGGACACAAGGUAUCGGAUGGGUUCCAGACUAGCCCCUCCUGCCAUCGCCCUGUGCUACAGCCGCACGAGCAAGCACCACACUUCCAGUAUCCUCACGUGCUGUACGCCCCCGUACCGGUAAGCUGCAAGCCACCGCCCCGACUGUUGGUCUCGCACGCACCGGCCUUCUACUCGAGCCAUUCCUCGAACUCCUCGUCGUCCGCUGUGUCGCCCGCGGAGGCCUGUGGAGACGCAGGAGAUGUGCUGUGUUGGGGCGAGGGAGUGAGCAGGCCGGCGUAUUACGGCCAAGAGCGCCAGCAUGGGCCCUGCAAUGCCUCCCUGGCGUCGGAGGUUGCGUCGGGGACGUGCAACAGCCGCGGCGCGGGCGUCGGAAGCAGCCUACAAGGAGUGGGCAGCGGUUUCGAGCGCUCAGUCAGCCUCGAGUCUGCGGGAAACGGCACGGCCGCUGCGGCUGCCGUUGCACGACAAGAGCACCACCAGCGUAUGGCGGGUAGAGGGGGAUCGGGAGCAGGCGUUGCGGGCAAAUGCUUGGGGACACAGACCCGUUUGCAUCACUACCGACCGCAGCAGCACCAGCAUCAGCAUCAGCAGCUGCAGUCGCCAUUUUACCCAACCCACUACGCUCCAGUUCAGCAGCAGCAACAGCAACAGCAGCGCCUCCAGCAUCAUUACAACAGCGCGGCUGGUGGUAUGGGGGCAGGGGUCGGCUUGGGAAGCCGGGCGAGUAUGUGCGCUCACUCUUACUUUCAAGGAGUCCAAGUUCUCAUGAAUUCUUGAGAGAGACAGGUAGUGGCUGGUAUUCCUUCCGGAGACAUCGUGCGUUUUGGUUGGCAAGGGGCUACUGAACCAUAGAGAAGGCCGGUUUGGAUUUGGAGGAGCUAAACACUGCCAUCACGGAUGAAAGAGUUAAUGAUGGACAGCGAGCGAAUCUGAUUUUUUGUGUUUGUUCUGCGAACCUUUGUGUCGGCAAGCACACUUAGGAGUUCCGUAUGGUGUAUAUGGGAAAUGAGGCCGUGCGGAGGGAGGUUACUUGCGCUGAGGAAGAAUCUGGAAGGGAUAUUACGGACUUAAUCGAGGAGACUACGAGGGAGCCGAAGGCACCAAAAUCCAAUUUCUUUUGAUUUUGUGUACGGAGGUUACGAGGUAGGUACGAGGGUAUCAAUUUCGCAAGCCGCUUUUCUGGCAUACAGUUAAUAGCUUGAAGGAUGUGGAAACGUCGACUUAGAGAAAGAAGGACAGCGGGCCAGAAGAGAGCGCGCCAUAAUACGAGCAUCUUUUACUACGCAUGAAUGUCAAUUUCGAUGCCAUGUCCUGGUGCCCAGGGAAGCACUACCGUCAUAGCCCGGUUAGAAAGUUUGUACGGUGAGGGCAGAGACUGUUGCGGAGGGACAAGGACAGGGCGACCGCAAGCAAUGGAACAAAACGCAGACAUCUGAAGCCCGGAGCGUGGAGUGGCGACGAAAGGCUGGGCGCAACAUUACAAGCAGAACAAUUUGAAGCACACGGCAGCAACACAUUUACAAUCGCAGACCUGUGCGCUCAUGAGAAAACAACGGGGAAAGGGAAACGAAACCUUGAUCCCCUCAAAAAAACCUCGGGCAUAUACCCACGUCCACACCCGUGGCAUACAAGGCCAACAUGGCCAGCGUUUAAAAAAUGGAUAAAAACUUUUAAAAAGUAAAAAAAGAAGAAAAAACUGAACAAAAUCGGA